AGCGUGAAAAAGCAAAAGUUUGUGUUGGCAGCUUUUGCAUUUUGUUUUGAGUUUCCCUGCAUGUUGCUGAACUUCGAAUAGAGAAGCAAGAUGAACAGGAUUGCCGCUGCUGGCGCUGCCGGCGUUGCUGGUCUUGUGGGACUUGGAAUAGCUGGCUCAAGCUGCUUUUAUUCAGUUGAGGGUGGUCACCGUGCCAUCAUUUUCAGUCGUGUUGGAGGAACCAAGGAAAAUGUAUACGCCGAAGGACUCCACUUCAAGUGGCCGUGGCUUCAGUGGCCCAUCAUCUACGACAUCAGGGAGAGACCCAGAAAGAUCUCCUCACCAACUGGUACAAAAGAUCUUCAGAUGGUGAACAUCUCCCUUCGUAUCCUCUUCCGUCCCCAGCAGCACAACCUUCCAGACAUGUUCAGAUCGUAUGGUACAGACUACGAUGAGAGAGUUCUUCCCUCCGUUGCCAACGAGGUUCUGAAGAGUGUCGUGGCUCAGUUCAAUGCUUCGCAGUUGAUCACCCAGAGAGCAAAGGUCAGCGCUCUUGUUCGUCAGGGUCUCGUACAGCGCUCCAACGACUUCUUCAUCGACGUUGUGGACGUCUCCAUUACCGACUUGACCUUCAGUGGCGAAUACACGGCUGCUGUUGAAGCCAAACAAGUUGCCCAGCAGGAGGCACAGCGCGCCACUUUCAUCGUUGAAAAGGCUAAGCAGGACCGGCAGCACAAGGUCGUACAGGCCGAGGGAGAAGCUGAGGCUGCCACUAUGUUGGGUAAGGCCAUGCGUGACAAUCCCGGCUACCUGAAGCUCAGAAGAAUCCGCGCUGCACAAGCAAUCUCAAAAUCUAUUUCCGAAUCCCGCAACCGUGUAUACCUCGACAGCGAUGGCCUCCUCCUUGGCCUGACAGGCGGUGAAGAGAUGGCCGAGAAGGUGAAGUCAUCUCGACGAUGAGCGGCAAAACGUUUGUUUUUUAAAUUCUUCCAUGACGACUUCAUCCUGCCUUGCUUGCCGUUCGGCUCGCUGUUUCAAGUUCUUUUCAGUUGAGGUUGUGUAGACGACAGUAGGAGAGUGAUCGUGCUGGACUCUGUACUGUUGUCAUGUACCGACAUUUAGUUAACAGCUUACUUGGACCCUCGCGUUGUGUACCAACAUUUAGUUAACAACUUGCCUGGACGUGCCAUUGUUGUGUUGGCAGUGGUGUCCGCUCCUUUUCAUGAUCUGGCUCAGUUGCCUGCACGGCAUAAUUAUAAUGAUGCUUGCACAUGCAUCCUAAACCGUGA